AUGGAAGAUAUUGCAUUCGGUGAUUGGCCAGGACAAACAAUGGAUUUAAAUGGUAGUAAUCAUCCAUGGUUACCCGCUUAUGGGUUUCAACAACCAAUUUUAGAGAAAGAUGAUUUUUUAGGAUCACCAGACGCAGCAUUAUUUUUAAAUGGCGGUGGCACACAUCAAUAUGUGUUCUUGGAGACAAUUAUGGAAGAAACAUCAGAUGAUCUUCGUAGUAGUGAUAGUGAACGUUCUACUUCGUGUGCUUCACAUGAUGAUGACGAUGAAGAUGAUGAAGAUAGACACCAACGACUUGGUUGGCUUGCUAGUGAUAGUGAAUCUGGUUCAGUAAUACGAGUCAAUGUAACAUCUGUUGAUGAUGACCAGGAGGAAGCAGGUGUUGAUUCCGAUAACGAAGACAGCUCAUCCGAAUGUGAUAUUGUGUGCCCAGCAAAACGACGCCGUCGUCACGACAAUCAUCUUCAUCUGUUAACCAUACCAAACAGUGAUGAAGAUCUAACAUCACUGCCAUCUUUAAGUCGAUCAAGUAGUUUAUUACAAUUCGAAGCGUUAGAGAAACGUUGCCAAGAAGAUAUGUACAAUAGUUCACCAAGUAUUUUAUCAACUUUUAGUUAUGAUUCACUAGAAAUACAACAUCGAAACAAUAUAAAAAAUCAACGUUUAAGUCCAGAUAGUUUAAAUAAUCGAUCAACAGACACCGACGAUGAAGAUGGUGAAGAUACACCGGCCGAAGAAAGUGAUUGUGUUGAUUAUUAUCGAACAUUAAAAAUUGAUAAAACUACCAAUAAACGUUCAAACACGGAUUCGUUAUUUUAUAAAACUCGAAUAUUAUCGAAAAGUGAUGCUAGCAGCACAGACAGUGAUGAUACAAUCCCAAGUGAUGAAACAAGUAUUCCUCAAAAAUUAAAAUUUAAAAAUCGUAGUUUUGAAUCAUUGUUUACAACAAAAAAAAUGUCGACGGAAAAUUUAAGUGAAGAUAGUGGUUAUUGUGACCAACAUAACGUUAAGAAAACCUCCAGUAUACCAAAUUUUGAAAUUAUACCGGAAUCGAAUAAUUUCGAAGGCAUAAAUAAUCACGAGUAUAGUUCAAAAAAUAAUUUUGGCGCUUAUGAUUGUGAGACAACAUUAUUUCCAACACCAACUGUAGCACAUUUCGGUACAAGUUAUCACGAUUUAAGUAUAUUCGAUCCAAAUAAAAUUACCGUACAAUUUAAAAAUAAUUUACAAAAAUUAGGUAAAUAUCAUAAAAAUUUAAAACAGAAUCGAAAUAUUGAAUUAAUCGAAGAAAUUGAUGAAUUAGAACGUGAAACACAAAGUCUUAAAUUAGAAAUUGUCUUACCACAAUCUAAAUUUAGCACUCAGUCGGAGCGUGUAUCAUCAACGAGUGAACCAAACAUAUUAAGUGCAGUCGAUAGUGAACAUUUAAGUGCGUUAAAUAACACACAACAAUCGAAUUUUUGUAUAAAUUGUGAUUUAAUUAGUUCAAGUGUACCACAAAAUUUAAAUUUAAUUUGUAAUAAUGAACAAAGCGAUAUAGUGACGUCAUGGAAUAACGUUGAUAAUACAGUGGCUUCAAAAAAUAUUGACUUAUCAGUUAUCAACAAUAAAAAUAGUGAAAUGUCUUCUGAUAUGAUUUCAACGGAUAAUAACACGAUACGAAUUCGUUUAAAAGAUGAAACACCCCCACCCCAACCAGAGGAAGUACAUCGAACUGUAAUUGGUGUAGAAGAUAGUUCAAGUUUUACACUCAAUGAUGGUGUAACGAAAUUACUUGAUGUAACCGCAGAGAACCGGUGCUAUAACCUUGACAUACACUCAGAUAUCCUAGAUUUUGAAACGACGAUUCAAAAAGCGAUUUCCAAUUCAAGUAUACCUAGUUUUAAGGAUAAAGGUGACUUCUUUUUUCAUUCAACUCCUAUGACACAGCCAGGACAUCUACGUACACCAUCCGUCCAUCAAAGUACUCCUAAUUUAUCAACAAUUUUAUCAUCAGAGAAAACAGAUAGUUGUAAAACAGUUCCAUUAAAAAAAAUCGAUGCUGAUAGUUAUAUGAAAGGUUUAUCUGGUUCGGAGGGAAAAAAUAUUGGGGGUGGUAUUUUACAUCGAAAUAGUUUAGCUGGAUCGGGAAGUACAUCAAAGGGUGUACAUUUUUGUGAAAUUGUCUCGGAGGUAAGUUGGAGGGAACAAAGUUAUUCAUCAGAGAAUUCAUUUGAUGAAGAUGAUGCGAAUCAAUCAGAAUCAACGGAAAGUUUAGAUGAAAUUAUGUUAAAAGUUGCUGAGCAAAUUGAAGAGAAAGAUGGCUCAAGUUAUUUAAUAAAAGAUUACAUGGAUAAAGAUGGUAUUACUUAUAAACAUUCGCAUAUGUUAAAAGCAAAUGAAGUUGAAAAUACGCCUACAAUAAGUAAUCACGUGACGAGUAACAUCGGUGCUGAGUCGAGAGAUGGAGAAGUGAGUAAACUGCAACAGGCUCAGUCACUUCAACAAGAAGUGUUUAAGCAACAACAACAACAGUUGUAUAAUAAUAAUGAUCAACAGUGUAAUAGAACAGUGAACGUGAUGGAAACAAACGGAGUGAAUAAUCGUGGUGCUGAUUCAAUUGUUGAUCAACAAUCAACGAAAAAACGUGAAAAGAAAUUAGGUGGAUUUUUAUCACGUUUUACGAAUUUUCGAUUUUCAACACGUAAUAAAACACAAAAAUCGAAAACAAAUAAUGCAUCAACAACAACGGUGCAACAGGACCAGAAAAAAUCAGCCGCUCCAAUUCAAAGGAAUAACAAUGAACAAAAACCCGACUACAUUUACAUACCGUUAAAAGGACCAUCUCCAACACCACCUAGUGGUACACAACAUAACGAUAUAUUUUCAAAAGUUAUGGUUGAUGGAAAACCGUUAGAUACAAAACCACCCUUACCAAAACAACCCCCGCGUGUGAUUGGCGCUAGUGUAAAACAACAACAACAACAUCGACAUGGCAGUGGUACGCAAGCUCAACGUAGCAUUAUUAACGGUGGUAAUAUUGAUUCAACGGAUGGUUGUAGUUUAAAUAAUCGUAACGUUUAUAGUAAUCAUCGUGGAGGUGCCGCUCUUAUCAGUUGUCCUACACCGACAGUUGACAACAGACAUGCCACCAAUAAUCAUCAUCAAACAAUUACGUCCAAAUUUCAUAAUCAUAAUAUGGAACAACAUCAACCGUUGGGUCUGAUUGAAACCGAUUUGGAUACACAUAUUACUGUAGUGAAUAGUAGUGCUUCAAAUAAUCAUAAUCAUAAUAAUAACAAUGGUACACAAGGGCAAGGGGGUAAAGCACGUAGUCUUAUGAACUUACCUGGUGAUAAUAAUUCAUGUGUUGUUUCAACCGGUGUUGGUGGUGAUAUUAUUAUACAACCGGUUUUACAUCAUUUGGGUGAUAGUGGUUCGCAAAGUACGGGUCUUGUUCGGCCACAUAAAUCCAUGGAGUUCCUUUUGGAUAAACAGAAUCUCAAAGUUGUCGAGCCGCCAGAGAACGAAUUACAAAAAGGAGGAACUGGCGAACGUGUCAUGUCUGAACAUCAAUUACGUGUACAGCGUUCAUUACAAAAAUUAAAUGUCCCUGAAUGGUUCAAACAUUCGCAAGUACCACGAGAAGGAUUUCUACUUAAAAAACAACAACGGGAAAACACCAAAUGGUCCGGUUUGUCGGGUAAAACUACAUCGUUAAGUAGUUUAGGCGGUUCGCGACAAUCACCCAUUUUAUUAAGUCCUUCACCGCAAGGAACUGGGGGACAAAUUGGUGGGUUUACACGAUGGUCAACAUCAAAAUUAAAUUCAACAGCAUCGUCACCAUGUAAUUCAACACGAAGUAGCUUUAAUUAUCGACAACCGAUUACAGGGCUAACAGCGAACGGUACAACAUCACCAUGUAGUUCUACAAGAAGUAGUUUUAACUAUCGUCAACCAUAUUUAGGUUGGCGAUCACAAGAACGGCUUACAAAACCACGUACACCCGCUGAACGAUUAGCUUCAAGUCUUUUACCACCCGCGGGAACAACAACGGCAAAUAAUAGCGAAAUACAAACUUCAAUAAAAGAGGUUACUUCAGCUAUCGUUCAUUAUGUGAGUGGUUUAACACCUGAUACGAAUCCAACAGAUUCGUUGCAUGUGAUGUCAAAUAGUAAUCGACGAGAAAGUUCAGAUCGUGAAUCAAUGUCCACAUCUCCACGAUUUCGUGAUUAUGAAACACAAGAGACAGCAAGUCAGCGAUCUAUUAGCCCUGCAAGUCGUGGUAGUCAAAAAUUCUGUUGGCUAGAGUCAUCGUUUGUGGGAACACGACCAUUAGAUUCACCUCAAACACCAAUGGGAAUACCAACAGAUGCAUCAUCAGAGAUAUCUAUGGAUACAGUACGAUCAACACAUUAUCCAGCGUUGCAUCUUGAUUUAAAAACAAAAAAUAGUGUUAAUCCCACUGGAAGUUGCUACUCAUAUGCAAAUUCAAGUUCAAGCAGCCUAGCACGACCAGCGGUAACAAGACCAUCGCCCGGUUCAACAACAUUAGAAGAUGUCUUGGAUUCACUGUUAGGAUUACCGCCAUCAACACGAGCACCAUCCCCAAGUCUCCAAGGGAUGGGAUCAGCUAAUAGUAGUCCAGGACAUUUCAUAGGCGAAGCAAUAGGAAGUAAUCGUGAUCGACUAUUAAGUGUUGGUUCAAAUUCUACUCAUUAUGAUUCGAUACGCAGGCGAAGUGAAGGUAACACAAUGCACCCGAAACCAGAUGAUGAUCCACAACGACGUGUAAGCUUCCACACUACACCUGAAUCGGGUCAAAUCGAUUUACUAACUACGAACUUCGUUAAAUGUCGCUACACAAAAUGUACAAAUCAAGCAACACACGAACAUGCGAAAAAAUAUUUUAAAAAUUGUCAUAAUUGUAAUUAUUCGUAUUGUUCGAGGGAAUGUCGGCGAGCUCAUUGGGAAAAACAUCGAAAAACUUGCUUACAUUCCCGUGCCAGUACAUUAUGUCGCCAAAUAUUAGCAAAAGCAAAGGAUGAUCCUGAAUCGUUGAAUCAUAUUUCUGUCAUUGCACGUCGUGGUUAUUUAUCACUUGGACCUGGUGUUGUGAAAUGUUUUUUUGCAAGUCCUGAAGCAGCUGAACGAUUUAUUGAACAUGGAUUACAACAUUUAUCAGAACCCACAUAUAUUCGUUGGUCAGAUUUAUUACCGUCUGAAAUGGGUCCUGAAUUAUUUUCCGAAUUAGUUAAAAUUUGUAAAAGUUAUAAUCCAGAAACUCGCGUUGUCCUAUACGUAGCUGUGUGCGUUGUGUCAGAAGUUCCAGCAAGUGGUACAAUCAAAUGGGAACGCCAGCUAGUUUCACGUUGUGCUAAAUUACGUUUAAGUAAAUCAGCGUUAAGUGUUUCCAAUCAACAAAUUUCAAAUACCACACCGCAUCGAUCAAAAUCUCCAUGUAAUAUAACGCGAGAAAUGGAUAAUCCAGAAACAUUAAUCUUAACCUCACUGCCAGGCAAUAAAAAUCAAACAUCAGUACAAAAAUCUAGAGAAAUUAGUUUCACAAAUAUUCAACGACAAUUAAAACAGCGUGGUGUUAGUUUGCGACGCCAUUUUCCCGAUGUUUAUCAAAAAUUAUGCGCCUAUGUGGAAGGUGCUAGUGAUAAAUUUGCUCCAGUUACCGUUUAUCCGAGGGAUAGUACAUCUGGUAAAAGUUUUAUGUGCAUCAUAAUGCCUGACGUUGAACCAGAAAAGUUAGAUCUUGUACCAACAGAUAGUUCACGAGUGCAUACUGUUGAUGUUAGUCGAGAACACCCCCACGAGUGAAGAGUUUUAUUUUUGGAUUUGUUAUAUCAAAAUAUAUGAAGAGUGUCCUAAAAUUAUUUUUAUUUCGAAUCACUUGUCAUUUCAUAGAUGCCAAGCAUGGAAAACUUAACUAGUGAAGCAUUUCUCAGCAGAGUAACAUUUAUGCAUUUUAGAAAAAUUAAUUUUCAAUU